AUUUCUCUGUCUUCGUAAUUUUUUUCUUUGCAGAUUUUUGCUGAUCCGUUUCUGCAAAUAUCUGCGCGAACCCACUGGUUUCAAGUAUUGAGAGAAGCGCUGCAUUCUUAUCUUCUGUAUUACAGGCGAUCAACUUCUCGUGAAGAACCUUCCCUAAUUCGUGGAGAAGGUUAUGCGUAAUUUUGGGUUUAAGCACUGGUGUUCGAUGGUGCAGAGAAGGUCCGCUGGAAGAAUUAUCAUCCGAUUUCGGAUUAGUGGCCUUUACCCUUGAUUUGUUUGGCUUCGAAUACGGAGCAUAAUUCGCAUUGUAUUCGGCAAAUGGUUGUUUUAAUGGCUUUGAGGGUUGUAAGGGCGGGUUAGACACUGUCCAGCCGCCUGGUGGACCACAGCGCUGCAAGAUUAAUUUCCAUCGGUUAAGCGAAUGUAAUACUAACGUAUUAUUCAUCAAACAGCUUAAAAUCGACUUACAAGCAGUCCCAUUUCGUCACUCGAAAAUGGGAGCAGGGUUGAAUUAGUUCCUCCCUUCUUUUUUCGCAUUUCUUGUUCUUUUGCCAUUUUUUCUCUCUCCUCCUUUCUGAUCCUCUUCACAUCCUUAUCAUAGUCAAAUUCAGGACAUUGUGGAAGAUAUUCAUUCCUCUGCUCAUUCCUGUGUAAUAAAUUUUUCCUUAAUUAUAAGCAAUUUUUCAAAUCCAAUUUGGAUACUAAAAUUAAAUUACAGCAAGCUUUAUGAAAUCGUGUUUAGAGAAAUGGGAGCAGACGUAUGUACAUGCAAACAUGGUUGCAUAAUAAAGUCAGAGGCAGCUUGAGACUUAUGCAUAAAAGUCGAAAGAGAAGGGUUUUUACCAAUGGGUUGGAACUCAACGAAUAAGUUCUGAAAUGCGUAAAAGUGAGUUCUGUAUCAUGGACAAGUAAAUAAGGAUCACUAAACUGGACGGCAUCUUUGUAUUUAUAGAUCUAUGGUUUUGUAUAUGCGGUGUACAUUGGACGAGGGGAAAAAGUCAAACCUGCUCGAUUUAUCAGUAAAGUUUACGCGAUGAUCUUUCUCUCUCUCUCUCGCCACACACAAAAUGAUGCCAUGCAUGCAUAUAUAUGUAUGAAGCCAAAAUUUUGCACACAAACUACGAAUUGAAAUCACGAACAACUAACCGUAUUUGCUCUGGAAUUUCUUUUGCCUGUCUUUCAUGAAUUUCUUCUCGUGAUUCCUUGGCAGGUUCCUCUUCAGAUUCAUUUAGUAACUCCUGCGUCUGGUCCGUCACUUUUUCUGAAUUGUCAACAAGUUGUUCGGAAUGAGUCACACUUUCGGUUUCAGAAGCACUUUCUCCCUCUGUUUCCGAUUCCGACACCUCCUCGUACAUCAUUUUUUAAUUUAAUCAAUUUCAAAAUUUGGCAAAAUUAACUGAUUCACUUUGUUAGUCAGAGCUGCAACUACAUGACUUACUACGGAGACAAGAGUAUGACAAAAUACUGAACGGAUGCAAUUACCAUUAAUCUUGAGUAAACAAUCCUAAAGAUCAGGGUUAGAGUAGAUCAAAUUUCUCACUCUCAUCCACAGUCCCAGUUUCUCAAUCUGAUCUUGGUUUCUUCUUAGUUUUAAGAUUCACUUUUGCCCACAAAGCAUCCUUAGAAAAUAAAUAAAUUAAUUCACUGAAAAAUGGACGACUUUGAGAAAAGUCAAAGUUUAUCUCAAAUGGGAAUUUAUUACCACAGGACGAGGCAGUAUCGGCAAGCUUUGGAGGUCCUCACCGAAGCCAACAAGUGCCUCAAAAGAUUUUCAAAAGAUCGUGACUCAACUUUUCAACUUCAAGUCUUGACAGAUUUAAUCGGUGUCAAUGAGGACUUAGCAAUAGUCUGCUUGCAUGAACUGGAAAAAGAAAAGUGUAUCGCUGGAGUACACCCUGACAAUGUGGAGUCCAUGGAAGAGGAGGAGAGUGACGACGACGGAAAAUCUUCACAAUUUGAAAGCGACGACGACGAGGAACCACAAGUGCUUAUCUCAGAAUUAGAGACGGGUGUACCCGACGAGGAGGAGGAAAGCUGCAAUGACGGGAAACUUGACCAGGAAAGGAAAAUUACCGAGGAAGAAAACAUAAGCGGAAUUAAGGGCAACUCUGAUAAUAAACAAGGUAUUUGCCACACUGAGGAAAACGACAAACCUUCGACAGCAACGGGGGACCAUAAACAGCCUGAGGUUCUGCCAACCACAAACAACUUACCUACAGCGGUCAGACUGACUAUGCCUGUUAGCUGUGGCUUGGCUGAGACGUUCAAUCCAGUAACAAAUCCGUUAGUUUCUCUAAUGGGUAUGGAUUCAGAAAUCCAUUUCUCAUAUGUAAAUCCCUCAGCCAACAGCGGAACACAAACCAUUUCUAUGCAAGAUCUUACUGAAAACAACGAAAAUGCCACAAAGGGAAAAUCGACUAAUAAGGAAGCAGUUAAAUUAAAGGAAAAAGCAGUUGCCAUAACUGAUCACAUUAUUUUACAGUGUCUCGUGAAAACAGGAAGUGGGAGGCUGUCGGACGUGAUUGGUUUGGACCACGUUAUCGUGAGUAUGAAGAAAACCAUUUUCCUACCAUUGGUGGCGGAGAAAGAAUUUGGCAGUGACCUUCAAGGCGUGCUGCUUUUUGGACCUUCUGGGGUUGGAAAAACCCAUAUCUUAAGCUGUCUUGUGGGGGAGCUUAACUAUAUAAAAGAGGAAAAGUGCAAAACCUUCCCAACGAUAAGCAUCUGGAAGGUAGAGCCAAAAGACAUCUUGCAUAAGUGGAUAGGUGACUCAGACAAGUACCUCAGUCGGAUUUUCGAGUUGGCUCAAGAGAAGCGCCCGUCGAUAAUAAUUAUUGACGAGAUCGACUCUCUAUUAUGUCAGCGAAAAGAGGACGAUCCUGAACACAUUCGACGGCUCAAGACGGGAUUUCUUUCGUGCAUGGAUGGCCUAAAUAAUUAUUCUGGAAUCGUGGUCGUGGGAUUGACAAAUUUUCCGCAGCAUUUGGAUUAUGCAUUCAGGCGAAGGUUUUCGAAAAGAAUUUAUAUUGGAUUACCCGAUUCCUUUGCAAGGGAGCGAAUACUAGCACACUAUUUAAAGAAAACAAAUCUUUUAACGGAAUCAUUCGAUCUUGGCAAAAUAUCUUCAAUGACUGAGGGUUUCUCUGCCCACGACCUUGCUGUUGCCAUUUCAAAACUACAAGCACUUCAGUACACUAGUAACUUUUCCUCGGACGGUGUGAACGAUAUUGUCCAACUCAUGAAGGUGGGCUGCAAGCCAACAACAUUGAUAACCCAGGAAAUGUUUGAAGGAUUAAUUCGGACUGAUGGAUCAACCAAUGGGGCCACGAACGAUGAGAAAACCCUUGAUGAGCUUAAAAGGUGGGGACGAGAAUUCGGAGCAGAGGGGAUGACUCAACCGGUUUAUUAUGAAGGAGAGUAUGAGCCAACGCUCAGCUCGUGCCUAUUUGAAAUGUUUUGCUGCCUGUUUUACUAAACAUGAUCUUACUCGAUAAAUAUUAUUUAAAUUCAAUAAAUGCACAUCUAUUAUCAACUUA